AUGCAAGAGCCAUGUCAAAAUCCAGUUUCUCAAACAAAAGAAGAUUUUUUAAAAAAAUCACUAGGCCAAUCUGGUUUAAGAGUUAAACCAACAAUUAUUCCAACAAAAGAUGGAAGUAUUUCUGGGUUUAUUGUUAUCACUAAAGAAAAGACUUUUCUUAUUGUUGUAGAAUCAACAAUUAUUCAAAUUGUAUUUUGUUGUUAUAAUUACAAAGGAAUAAUUGCUGAUGCUAUUGUAUCUCCAAACUUACCACUUAGAAUGUAUUGUAUGAAUAACCAAGGUCGAGUAUUAUAUUGUAUUGGAAUGAAAGACUCUUGGGAAGAAAUGGAUGAGUGUGAUAUUAAAGGUAAGUGCUAUGCUUAUUCUAUUAUUUCAAAUGUUGGAGAACCUAUGAAAUGUUUUAAAAUAACCCAACGAUAUUUGUUAUUAGGAUUUGAAAGAGGGAUUAGAAUUUAUAAAUUUGUGAACGAAAUUAAGCAUAAACUUAAUCACAUUAUAGACGUUGAAUGUACUAUCCCUUCUUUUGAAAGUAUAGCAUUGAGUAAUAGAUAUGUUAUUGUUACUACUAAUGAUAAACCAGAAAAAGAAGAUGAAGUUAGUUCUGGAGCAAUAUCAUGGAUUAUGAAAUACCCAGGAGGAUAUAUUAAAAUAAUAGAUUUAAUUACCCAAAAACAAAUUGGGCAUUUUGUUGGUUCCACUUAUUCUCCUGUCCAAUGUAUUUCAUUUAAUGGUAAUAGUAGUUUAUUCGCUAUUGCAGAUCAGUCUGGAAAAUCAAUUAGAGUUUAUCGUAUUAAUGAAGUUGAGUCUGUUAAGAAACAAAUUGAAUUACUGUAUGUAUUUAAUCGGGGAAAUUCACAAACCAUAAUUAAACAAUUAAGUUUCUCUUAUGACUCUACAAUUCUAAUAGUACUUUCAAGUAAUUCAUUACGUUUUAUUCCAAUAAAUCCAAAACAUCAAGGUUUAUAUGAAUCAAUUAAAGAUGGAAAAGAAAGUCUUCUUAUUAAACCAUCUUCUAAAAUUCAAUGUGUUACUGAAAUGAAUGGGACUUGUGAUAGUAAAUACAAUUUUAUUGUUUGUACUGAAGAUGGAACAACUGCUAUUAUUCGAUUUGAAAAGAAAAAUAAUAUAUUGGAAUGGACAGAUGAAAGUUUAUUGACUUUUGAUCUUCUCAGUUUAAUAAAUUCAUUUAAAAGCAAAGACAACCUUUUUGUUAACCCUCUUACUCCAUCUCUCAAGGAACGUGAAUCUUUAUUAAAGUGGUUUAUUUCUAAUUGA